UUUUUUCUUAAAUCACAAACUUAUCUUUUACUUACCUUUAUCUAUAUACCUCUCUCUCACUCCACUAUCCCUUCAAUUCUCUUUAUAUCUCUUGUGUCUAUAAUAACCUAAUCCUUUCUACGCGAUCAUAUAUCCCCUUCCUUCCUUUUCCCACCCUCUCAUCAUGACUCAUCCCUACUGCUCCAAUGACUUCAAUGCUUGGUUUGACCUCAAUUCUCCAUGCCUUUUUUCCACUUCUUCAUCACCUUGCUCCAAUAACCCACCAUUUUACUUUCCUACUAGUAAUACUAAUUACCUUCAUAACUGCACAAAUAAUGACAUCUCUUUUACGCAGCAUAUUCAAUCUUCUCCCAGCUCCUUUCCCCUUCCAAAAGAAGAACUUCCUCUCCUUAACCUAAGCCCUGCAAGAGGUGAAGAUCUUGAAUCUUCCUUCAGUGCCAUGAAAGUCAACAAAGAGAAGGAGAAAGAACUAAGCAUGUCAGCUAAUAAUAACUCUUUGGAUGAUGAAACUGCUGUGACGGUGGCUUUGCACUUAGGGCUUCCAAGCACUACUACUACUACUACUUCAUCAGCUGAUUUAACUUCAAACGUGUACUCUGACAAAGAAGAUAAAAAAGACACGGUUGCUUCUGAGUAUUCUCCUACCAGAAUUAACAAGGGUCAGUAUUGGAUCCCUACCCCUGCUCAAAUUCUGAUCGGUCCUACACAGUUCUCAUGCCCCCUUUGUUUCAAGACGUUCAACAGAUACAACAACAUGCAGAUGCAUAUGUGGGGGCAUGGAUCUCAAUAUAGAAAGGGGCCAGAGUCUCUAAGGGGAACUCAACCAACAGCAAUGCUUAGGCUCCCUUGCUAUUGCUGCGCACCGGGAUGCAAGAACAACAUUGAUCAUCCAAGAGCAAAGCCACUCAAAGACUUUAGGACCCUCCAAACCCAUUACAAGAGAAAGCAUGGAAUCAAGCCAUUCAUGUGUAGAAAAUGUUGCAAAGCAUUUGCUGUGAGGGGUGAUUGGAGGACUCACGAGAAGAACUGUGGGAAGCUAUGGUAUUGCUCUUGUGGGUCCGAUUUUAAGCACAAAAGAUCUCUCAAAGAUCAUAUCAAGGCAUUUGGGAAUGGACAUAAAGCUUAUGGAAUCGACUCGUGUCUUGAUCAAGAUGAUGAAGCCGGCUCUGAAAUUGAGCAGGAAAAUAAUGAAUCUUUUUAAUUUCCAGUCGUAGUUGAUGUGUUUAAUUUCAACUAUGAAGACAAGACAAUUGAGGAUUCUCUCGUGUUUUGAACUAAUUGAAUUGUUAACUAUGACUACCAUCUCUAACGAGUUCUCCCUCCCCCUAUUCUUUAAUUUCUCCUUUUAUUGAUUUCGUCGUAUCUUGAUUCUGCAUCCUCAAAUUGCGGCAAAUUAUCCUUUCUCAUGGCACUGUCGCCACAUAUAUAAACAAGGGCAUGUUAAAAUUUCAUGUUAUUUUUAA